GCGACUGUCAAUCGUGUGCUACCUCGUUGUUGUUCUUCCUGCUACACGCAGACGUUCCGUUAGCAGGAAGAUAACGCUAAACUAUGGAUUCCGCGACAUAAUUCGUUAAAUAUUUACUUCAUUACGGCGCUCCUUCCCCUGACUCUUUACGGGUGAGGUGCAAAUGGACAAAAAUUCCAGAAAAGUCCGGAAUCAAGACAUAAAUCCUUGCAUUGAAGAGAGUGACGCUUCUCAAAAAUGUUUGGAUGCUUCCAACUAUGAUAAGAACAUGUGCACAGCCUACUUCCAGAGUUACAAGAACUGUAGGAAAUAUUGGCACAAUAUUAUGUUGCACAGGAGAAGGGAAGGUGUCAAACCUGAAAUGCCCACCGCGACCGAGAGGCAGGAGAUUCUCUCUGCUCUCGGAGGGAAGCCAUAUUGAGGAGCCGUGAAGUUUAUGAGGAGACACCAGGGGUCCGAUGUACACAUUCUGUCGAUAUGAAAACGCUGCACCGAUACACUCUGUAAAGAUAAAGAAAUAUUGUCAGACGAUUGUUUUCCCGAGUGUUGUAAACAAUGUAAUAAGGCACAUCUAACCAUUUUGUAAAAAAUGGAGGAGUGCUUGGACAAGCUUGAGGUCAAACAUCAACAAAAUAAAACACAAAAUGCUGUCUUAAAACCGACGGAGGAACUGUCAGUGGUCAGAUCCCCUCCGAGUUCUGUAUGUGCAAAAUUCUAACAAGAUUUGUAUUCUAAUGUAAUCGAUAUUUCCAAUAUUGACCCCCAAACGGACAUUGCAUUUGAUAUCUGUACCAUUGUAAUACAUGCUGGAUGCAUCCCAGAGACUACAUCCAAAAUGUUGGGUUUUUCGGGUGAAAUUUCAUAAUGAACCUCAAAUGCACUUUCCCCUU